UAACGGCCGAAGGGAGGAAGGGAGGGUCGGGGGCGUUCCUGCCCGGAGACCGAUGACGCGCGAGAGGAAGGCGGAUUCCCAUUGGCGGACCGUGGGCGUUGGGCAGAGAAGAGCGAAGGGGGAAAGUUCCCCUCAGGCGAAGCCCCGCCCCUCUUUCCUGUGAGCGCCCUUCGAGGAAGAGGGAGGAGGAGGAGGAGGAGGCCUUUCGGGGGAGAGAGGAGGAGCAACCGGAGUUGCUUCUGGAGUGAGAGAAUUGGCCGGGGACGCCCGGAUGUUUUGAUGUUUUUACCAUCCUUGUGGGAGGCUUCUCUCAUGUCCCUGCAUGGAGCUGGAGCUGAUAGAGGGAGCUCAUCCACACUCUCCCCAGGUGGGAUUCGAACCUGGCAGCUUUCAGUAUUUAUACCUCGCCCUUCUCGCUUCGAAGGGGACUCAGAGUGGCUUUACAGAACACACACACGGCAACCAUUCAAUGCUUGAUUAUACAAUUUAAAAGGACAGACAACACAGACAGAGGUCUCCGGCAGGUCUCCUUGCCCUCCUCCGGGGCCUCUUCUGUGUGCGGCCAGGCAUCUUUGACCUUCAGGGCCCAAUCCCACAAUGCCAGGGGUCAAAGGGGAUGGUCGCAAGGGUCGGUGAAGCCAAAGGGUUUCAGAAGGCAAAGACAGGUAACAUCUGAAAGAACCUUUUGAAGAACACUUUGCCCUUUGUUUUAGGACUGAAAUGAAAGUACACAGCACUGACAACAAGAAGAAAUAAGUUGGAGAAAUUAUAUUUCAAGCUACAUAUCUGUGUAUUCAAGGAGGAAAGGAAGGAUUGUGCUGUAAGAAAGAGGGGCUUGGCAAAGAGGAAAGCAGACUACAACAAUCAAUACAAAGACUCAGAAGAGGAAAACUUGUCCUGUUCAGGAGUACAUAUCUCUGAACUUCUGGUAUAAUAUUUGAAUCAUAAAUGUAAAAGAAUGGAAAAUCUCAAUUCCGUGUCAAAAUCACACACAGGGGAGGAACUACAUAAUUGAAUGGACUGUGGGAAAUGCUUCAUUUGGAGGAGAUCCCUUAUAAACUUCAACACACUCACACAGGAGAGAAGGCACAUAAAUACAUGGAAUGUGGAAAGAGCUUCAGGAACAGAGCAAAUCUCCAUACCCAUCAAAGCACCCUCACAGGGGAGAAGCCACAUAAAUGCUUAGAAUGUGGAAAGACCUUCAUUCAGAGGGGAGAUCUGCAUAUCCAUCAAAGGACCCACACAAGGGAGAAGCCACAUAAAUGCAUGGAAUGUGGAAAAAGCUUCAGUCAGAGUGGACAUCUGCAUGUCCAUCAAAGGACCCACACAGGGGAGAAACCACAUAAAUGCAUGGAGUGUGGAAAGAGCUUCAGUGAGAGUGGAAAGCUGCGACUCCAUCACAGAAUGCACACAGGGCAGAAGCCACAUAAAUGCAUGGAAUGUGGAAAGAGCUUCAGUCAGAAUGGACAUCUGCGUACCCAUCAAAGGACCCACACAGGGGAGAAGCCACAUAAAUGCAUGGAAUGUGGAAAGAGAUUUAGUCACAGUGUGAGUCUGCGUUCCCAUCAAAGGAUCCACACUGGGGAGAAGCCACAUAAAUGCAUGGAAUGUGGAAAGAGCUUCAGUCAGAGUGGACAUCUGCGUGUCCAUCAAAGGACCCACACAGGGGAGAAGCCACAUAAAUGCAUGGAAUGUGGGAAGAGCUUCAGUCAUAGUGUGAAUCUGCAUACUCAUCAAAGGACCCACACAGGGGAGAAGCCACAUAAAUGCAUGGAAUGUGGAAAGAGCUUCAGUCAUAGUGUGAAUCUGCAUACUCAUCAAAGGACCCACACAGGGGAGAAGCCACAUAAAUGCAUGGAAUGUGGAAAGAGCUUCAGUCAGAGUGGACAUCUGCGUACACAUCAAAGGACCCACACACGGGAGAAGCCACAUACAUGCAUGCAAUGUGGAAAGAGCUUCAGUCAUAGUGUGAGUCUGCAUAUUCAUCAAAGGACCCACACAGGGGAGAAGCCACAUAAAUGCAUGGAAUGUGGAAAGACCUUCAGUCAGAGUGGACAUCUGCGUACACAUCAAAGGACCCAUACAGGGGAGAAACCACAUAAAUGCAUGGAGUGUGGAAAGAGCUUCAGUGAGAGUGGAAAGCUGCAUCUCCAUCACAGAAUGCACACAGGGCAGAAGCCACAUAAAUGCAUGGAAUGUGGAAAGAGCUUCAGUCAGAGUGGAGAUCUCCAUAUCCAUCAAAGAAUGCACACAGGAGAGAGACCACAUAAAUGUGUGGAAUGUGGAAAGAGCUUCAGUCGGAGUGGGCCUCUCCGUAUCCAUCAAAGGAUGCACACAGGAGAGAAGCCACAUACAUGCAUGGAAUGUGGAAAGAGCUUCAGUCAGAAUGGAGAUCUCCAUAUCCAUCAAAGAAUGCACACAGGAGAGAAGCCACAUACAUGCAUGCAAUGUGGAAAGAGCUUCAGUCGGAGUGUGAAUCUGCAUACUCAUCAAAGGACCCACACAGGGGAGAAGCCACAUAAAUGCAUGGAAUGUGGAAAGAGCUUCAGUCAGAGUGGACAUCUGCGUACCCAUCAAAGGACCCACACACGGGAGAAGCCACAUACAUGCAUGCAAUGUGGAAAGAGCUUCAGUCGGAGUGUGAAUCUGCAUACUCAUCAAAGGACCCACACAGGGGAGAAGCCACAUAAAUGCAUGGAAUGUGGAAAGAGCUUCAGUCAGAGUGGACAUCUGCGUACCCAUCAAAGGACCCACACACGGGAGAAGCCACACAAAUGCAUGGAAUGUGGAAAAAGCUUCAGUCAGAGUGGACAUCUGCGUACACAUCAAAGGACCCACACAGGGGAGAAGCCACAUAAAUGCAUGGAGUGUGGAAAGAGCUUCAGUGAGAGUGGAAAGCUGCGUCUCCAUCACAGAAUGCACACAGGGCAGAAGCCACAUAAAUGCAUGGAAUGUGGAAAGAGCUUCAGUCAGAGUGGACAUCUGCGUGUCCAUGAAAGGACCCACACAGGGGAGAAGCCACAUAAAUGCAUGGAAUGUGGAAAGAGCUUCAGUCAUAGUGUGAAUCUGCAUACUCAUCAAAGGACCCACACAGGGGAGAAGCCACAUAAAUGCAUGGAAUGUGGAAAGAGCUUCAGUCAGAGUGUGAAUCUGCAUACUCAUCAAAGGACCCACACAGGGGAGAAGCCACAUAAAUGCAUGGAAUGUGGAAAGAGCUUCAGUCAUAGUGUGAAUCUGCAUACUCAUCAAAGGACCCACACAGGGGAGAAGCCACAUAAAUGCAUGGAAUGUGGAAAGAGCUUCAGUCAUAGUGUGAAUCUGCAUACUCAUCAAAGGACCCACACAGGGGAGAAGCCACAUAAAUGCAUGGAAUGUGGAAAGAGCUUCAGUCAGAGUGGACAUCUGCGUACACAUCAAAGGACCCACACACGGGAGAAGCCACAUACAUGCAUGCAAUGUGGAAAGAGCUUCAGUCAUAGUGUGAGUCUGCAUACUCAUCAAAGGACCCACACAGGGGAGAAGCCACAUAAAUGCAUGGAAUGUGGAAAGAGCUUCAGUCAGAGUGGACAUCUGCGUACACAUCAAAGGACCCAUACAGGGGAGAAACCACAUAAAUGCAUGGAGUGUGGAAAGAGCUUCAGUGAGAGUGGAAAGCUGCAUCUCCAUCACAGAAUGCACACAGGGCAGAAGCCACAUAAAUGCAUGGAAUGUGGAAAGAGCUUCAGUCAGAGUGGAGAUCUCCAUAUCCAUCAAAGAAUGCACACAGGAGAGAGACCACAUAAAUGUGUGGAAUGUGGAAAGAGCUUCAGUCGGAGUGGGCCUCUCCGUAUCCAUCAAAGGAUGCACACAGGAGAGAAGCCACAUACAUGCAUGGAAUGUGGAAAGAGCUUCAGUCAGAAUGGAGAUCUCCAUAUCCAUCAAAGAAUGCACACAGGAGAGAAGCCACAUACAUGCAUGCAAUGUGGAAAGAGCUUCAGUCGGAGUGUGAAUCUGCAUACUCAUCAAAGGACCCACACAGGGGAGAAGCCACAUACAUGCAUGGAAUGUGGAAAGAGCUUCAGUCAGAGUGGACAUCUGCGUACCCAUCAAAGGACCCACACACGGGAGAAGCCACACAAAUGCAUGGAAUGUGGAAAAAGCUUCAGUCAGAGUGGACAUCUGCGUACACAUCAAAGGACCCACACAGGGGAGAAGCCACAUAAAUGCAUGGAGUGUGGAAAGAGCUUCAGUGAGAGUGGAAAGCUGCGUCUCCAUCACAGAAUGCACACAGGGCAGAAGCCACAUAAAUGCAUGGAAUGUGGAAAGAGCUUCAGUCAGAGUGGACAUCUGCGUACCCAUCAAAGGACCCACACAGGGGAGAAGCCACAUAAAUGCAUGGAAUGUGGAAAGAGCUUCAGUCGGAGUGUGAAUCUGCAUACUCAUCAAAGGACCCACACAGGGGAGAAACCACAUAAAUGCAUGGAAUGUGGAAAGAGCUUUAGUCACAGUGUGAGUCUGCGUUCCCAUCAAAGGAUCCACACUGGGGAGAAGCCACAUAAAUGCAUGGAAUGUGGGAAGAGCUUCAGUCAGAGUGGACAUCUGCGUGUCCAUGAAAGGACCCACACAGGGGAGAAGCCACAUAAAUGCAUGGAGUGUGGAAAGAGCUUCAGUGAGAGUGUAAAGCUGUGUCUCCGUCACAGGAAGCACAUAGGGGAGGAGCCACAUAACUGAAUGGACUGUGGAAAGAGCUGCACACAAGGUUCAGCCUUCAUUACACAUCAAAGAACUCGCACACAGCCAGAGUACCCCUUCCUGUAUGUUUCCUAUUUCUCCUAACAAAUUUCCCCACUUAAGGGUCCCAGACAGAAAAAAAGAGAGAAUGGACAGAAAAAUGAAGGUCACCACCUUGAUCUGUAUCUAUCGUGUACUGCAGUUUCUGGCGUCUGGCUUGACUGAUUCUGGGGGCAGGUCUCUCACAGGGGAGGACUUAUCUCAGUAUUGCAGUCAGCUUGGAAGGGGUUAACAUGGGCUUUUCCUCCUCAAGAAAAGCAUUGCAGGCUUCUGAGAUGAUCUGUGAAGGCUUUCUGAAAUGAGCAGCAGCUGAGCUCUCAAGAGAAAAGGGAUCUGGAAACGAAUAGCUCUUUUGUAGCAGAUAACAUCAGAAAUCUUGCCCUGGAUCUUGGCUCUGCUGCCCCUCAAAUAGAAUUCUGGACUCUGGCCUUCUUCCUAUAAUCCUGUUCUGGACUCUAUUGUUCCCUGAAUCGCUGAAUGUAAAUUCUGGACUGACUGCUUGGCUUGAUUUAUGGACUUGGGCUUCAGUUUGCAUGCCUACCUUUCUGACUGGGCUUUGGAAUAUUGACUUCAGUUUGUACUCUUGCAUUCUUGGUUGUUCUUUUAUGAACUGUGGUGAAUACAUUCCUGACAUCUGACUAUUAGACUGUGACCUUGGCAAAUAUUUGCUUAUUUGUAAAUUAUGCGGUCAUACUUAUAAUUGUAAGCCGCUUUGGGUCUCCUUCGGGAGAGAUAAAGUGGGUGUAAUGAAGUAUGAGUUUUGUAUUCAUGUUUGUUGUGUUUAACUAUGUGCUUUUGGUUUGGUUAGGUAGGUAUGAGACGGUGGCAGCCAUUUAAUGGCUCUCCUCUGAGGCAGUUGCCAUGGAGAUGUGGGCGGAGCCAUCUGCCGAGGGGAGGAGAAGUGAAGAGGUUUUUUUUUAAAGUGAAGCCUCAGUCUGUGCUCAGAUGAGGCACAGGGAAGAUUGAUUCCAAGUUGAUGGGAUCAAGGAGACGCAAUUGUUCAUUUUGAAUCAGUUAUAAAUAAGUUUGGUGACUUAUUUAAUGUAGUCUGUGUCCUGGAAAGGCACAGAGAAUCUGUGAUAGUAUAUCACGGGGGUGACUGUGGUUUGAAGUCACUGGAUAGUCCAGGUUUCAGACUUUGGGAACCAAUCCCAGCUGGACUCACAGAGAUCCAUUGAAGUAACAAUUUAAAAGGAGCAGAGGAAGAAGUUUUAACUACUUUAAGUAAAAGAAGGGAUACUUUAGAGAGUUUGAUUCAUCUCAUUCUAGUAUUGUAAUUGUUAAUAACCUCUAAGUGAAACAUCUUUUGUAACCACCAAGCUUGUGCCUGAAUAAACUUGAUAUUGUUCUUUCAA